GCGUGUGAAAAGAAAGAGCGAGAAAAGGAAAAAUGAGCGUGCAGUUCCACUACUACCCUUUACCUGCAUUGCCCUAUGCAUCAAAACCCACUCACUCGCUCCCUCUCACCCUCUCCAACCACUCGCCUCCUCGCUCUUCCAUCAUCCCCAAUCUCUUCUUCUUCCAAAACCCUAAUUUCCUCACGGGGAACACUCUCUUCAUUAGGAUGCAGCGAUUUUGCUCUGCGAGUGGCGUGAGUAAGAACAAAGCAAUGGUGGAGAGGUUGCAACGCUUUGGAGUAAUCACAUCAAGUAAGGUGGCUGAAGUAAUGGAGACGGUUGAUAGAGCCUUGUUUGUACCUGAUGGGGCUGCACCUUAUGAUGACAGUCCCAUGGCCAUAGGAUACAAUGCCACUAUAUCUGCACCGCAUAUGCAUGCCAUGUGUCUUCAGUUGCUGGAGGAGAAUUUAAAGCCUGGGAUGCAUGCUCUGGAUGUUGGCUCUGGAACAGGGUACCUGACUGCGUGCUUUGCCUUGAUGGUUGGACCCCAAGGCCGGGCUGUUGGUGUAGAGCAUAUUCCUGAAUUGGUUUCUGUUUCAAUAGAGAAUAUUCAGAAAAGUGCUGCAGCUACACUAUUGAAGGAUGGUUCCCUUUCUGUUCAUGCUGGUGAUGGAAGGCAAGGUUGGCCAGAGUUUGCACCUUAUGAUGCCAUUCACGUUGGAGCAGCCGCACCGGAAAUUCCUCAACCACUUAUUGACCAGUUGAAGCCUGGAGGUAGAAUGGUGAUUCCUGUUGGAAACGUAUUUCAAGAUUUAAAGGUGGUGGAUAAGAAUUCUGAUGGUUCCGUCAGUGUCCGCACUGAGACGUCCGUUCGUUAUGUGCCCCUCACUAGUCGAGAAUCUCAACUUCGAGGUUACUAAAAUGAAAGCCAAAAUCCCGAAUUUUGGAAGCUAAUGCUUUAGAUUUUAGUGAUGUUUGGAUCUUCGAUGUACAUGUGCCGUUAUAAUUUGUAUAGUUAAAGUUUCCUGAAUUUUGCAAGGUUAAAGCUUUAUAGUUAGAGAUAUCAAAUCAGUCUUUGGAACAUGAAUGUACCCAUAUGCUGGUAGAAUUUGUAUAGUAUGAGGUUUACAUUCUGCUCAGUGGAGGAAUUCAUGUCCGUUAAUAAUAAAUUUGAUAUCAAAUAUUUGAGGA